AUGAGCAGUGCCAUGCCCGCGCCCAGGAUUCGAACCAACGAAACACUGGGCCGCCUGCAGCGGAGCGCGCGAACUUAACCACUCGGCCACGGGGCCAGCCCCUUGACAGACUUUUUUACCAGGAAAGGUGGUCGUAUUAAUCUAGUGGAGAAAACGUUAUGAAAGCUGUGAGUUUAAUUUUCGUUCUGAUGACAAAACCUUGAGUAACAUUUAAUGUCAGUGCUUUCUCACAAAACUCAAUGUCCAUAUAAGGUACUAAGUUAACGAAAAAACAUAAUCCUCCUACCUUCUUAAAAGGCCUACUGUGACAGCUGCCCAGGCCUCAUUCUUGCUCCUUUGCAUCCGUUGUUUAUUGUUUACCCAUAGAAAUUUGCCCUUGAGAAGGGAUGCAUUUCAGCUUAGAGGCAAGGAAAUAGUGAAAUUGAUUCAUUUGGGGAUGAAGCUUGCGACUCUUACCAGAUUAGCAUCAUCCUCUCACCUGCUGAGUUAAAUGCAACAGAACAACAGCUCUCCAAGUACUUUUAAACUCCUUACCCUCAUUUCAAAGCCCAGCUCAUUCUCUUACUUUGUUAAGAAGCAAUGUGGUAUGACUGGGAUAAAGAAGGAAAAGCAUGUUGUCACUUGAGUGAGACUGCCUUAGAAAUGUUAGCAAGUCAGGGUUGGGUGUUUCCUGUCUUUUGGAAGAGAACAGGCCUAAACAGUACCUUCCUCAUCCUAUACCUACGAGGAAGGAACCAUGGUUGAGAUUAGAGAUGCUUCCUUAGCUGAUUUUUUAAUCAAAUGUAAAUUAAACUAACUUUAAAUAUAUACCAAAAGGAUGGGAAUGGAAAACAUAAUGUAUUGUUAAAGGACCUAUUUCAUGUAAAUUUUUGUUUCUUGAACAAAAUGUGAACUACCUAAAGAAUGAAAUUGGAAAGUCAGUGAGAGGAACUGUAGAAUCGAAGACCGAUAUUUAAAUUUUGAGCCUAGUAGUUGGAUUUUGUGCACAUUGUUUAUGUGUCGAUUACUUCUUGUGUAAAAUGGGGAAAAUAUUUACCUCAUAGAAUUAUUUUAAAGAUCAAAUAAAGACUUUAAAGCCUUUAGGGCAGUGUCUGGCCCAGGGUAGGUGCUUAAUAAAUGGCAGCUUUAUCAAUAAUCAUAACAACUUAAUGUUAUUGAAUACUUCACCAGACUGAAAACAGAAAGAAAGAAAAGGACAUAGGUAGCGCAAGUGAGGGUGAUAAUAAAAUGAACUGAUUAUGUGUAUAUAAAAUAGAUUACAUUAGGCAGGGAUGUCAUGAGGAUUAGUGUGAUAGUGACCUUGUUGCUAAGUGGAAAAGCAAAACAAUGACGUAAAAACAAGUACGUUAGAACAGAGUGGAGGAGAGAGAGGGAGGCAGACGCUGCAGGAAAAAAAAAGCUGAUUAAAAAGGGGCCUUUGAUUCCACAGGCACAAAAAUCCACAGCCAGGAAUUUGCUGCCACCUCUGAGUCAGGCAGGGGGUGGGGGUGGGGUGCACAAUCCCAUUAGUAGAGAAAUGCCCAGUGGAUUUAGUCUGAGAGUCACAUUUCUUAUUUGGACCAGUGUAGACAGAAGCAAGCCCAGCUCACUUGUUUCCUGGGACAGUUGAGUUAGGGGAUGGCUUUCGCAGAGCAUUCAGCGCUGACCCCUCACCGCCGGGACCUCUGUAGCCGCUCUAUCUGGCUAGCAAGGAAGAUUCGUUCAGACCUGACUGCUCUUACGGAAUCUUAUGUGAAGCAGCAGGGCCUGGACGAGAACAUGAACCUGGACUUUGUGGGUGGUGUGCCAAUGGCAAGCACUGUUCGAUGGAGUGAGCUGACUGAGGCAGAGCGACUCCAAGAGAAUCUGCAAGCUUAUCGUACCUUCCAUGUUAUGUUAGUCAGGCUUUUAGAAGACCAACAGGUGCAUUUUACUCCAGCUGAAGGUGACUUCCAUCAAGCAAUACAUACCCUUCUUCUCCAAGUUGCUACCUUUGCUUACCAGCUGGAGGAAUUAAUGGUGCUCCUGGAACACAAGAUCCCCCCCAAAGAGGCCGAUGGGAUGCCUAUUAUUGGAGAUGGUGGUCUCUUUGAGAAGAAGCUGUGGGGCCUAAAGGUGCUGCAAGAGCUUUCACAGUGGACAGUGAGGUCCAUCCAUGACCUUCGAGUCAUUUCUUCGCAUCGGACUGGGAUCCCAGCACAUGGGAGCCAUUAUGUUGCUAAUGACAAGAAAAUGUAGCAGUUACCCUCUUGCUUUCUCUUCUAAUGGAAUAUACGUAGUUCUCUGAGGCCUCACUUUUCUAUUCUUAAGUUUUUGAAAACCUUUAAGACCACAGGCAUUUUUGUUAAGUAGGGUUGGAGACAUGGACAAAUGGACAUAACAUUUUACCCUCGGGGGGGAGGUGUAUAUAUGUGUUGGGGCUAUAAGGGAGUGGGACAGAGGUAACAUUCUUCCACCUCAGUGCUCUAAUCUUUUCUACCCAUUAAGUAAUCUUUACAGGUAUUUAACAACCUCACAGGAUAAAUAUAUUUUUGACUCUAGGAUGACUCUUCUGAGAAGACUAACAGUGAAUUAAAAAUCAUGGACUCUAGCCAAUUCAAACUUGGAUAAUAAAGAUAGUAACUAACGUUUGUUAAGUA